CGUUGCCCUAACCCCGUAAUCAGCGGAGGGAUUGGGAGUAAUAUGUUAUAAAUAAUUACAAUUGUUAUAUUGAGAAUAAAGAAUUGAAAAAAUGUCUGACGACGAAGUGGAACGUUUUGAAAUCACGGAUUACGAUCUGGAUAAUGAGUUUAAUAUCAAUCGUCCUCGGAGGAAGCUCACGAAGCAGCAGCAAAUGCUGGGAGUUUGGGCUGACGACAGCGAUGAAGAGGCUCCAGCGAGACCAUUCAAGGGGGGAUUUAAAGGGACAUCUAAGGCCCCCAAGAAUUACACAGCUCCUGUCAGUUUCGUCGCAGGUGGAGUUCAACAAGCAGGAAAACCAAAGGAGGAAAAUAAAGAUGAGGAUGAUGAUGAUGAUGAUGAUGAUAACACGGGGAGGGCCAAACGAGGCGAUGCUGACUACGUACCCAACAGUUCCAGUGAUUCUGAAACCGAGAACAUGAAGAGUGGAACAUCAAGGCCAUCCUUCUCCAUGCACCUGGAAGGCGACAUUGCAGGUCUUCGCAGGAAACGUGCCCCGGUGAAUCCAGCCCUCAUAAAAACCGGAGUGGGCAGUUGGGAGAAGCACACGAAAGGAAUUGGAGCAAAGCUGCUUCUACAAAUGGGUUUCGAGCCUGGCAAAGGUCUGGGUAAGAAGCUCCAGGGUAUCUCCGCCCCUGUCGAAGCCCACCUUCGAAGGGGCAGAGGAGCUAUUGGGGCUUAUGGACCCGAAAAGAAGAUCAAACUCCCUGAGAAGCGUAAAGACGAGGACGAAGAGGAAGAGAAACAAUUCAAAGUGAAAUUAUCCCAGUGGCGAAAGACAGACACUGCAACCACGAAGAAGAAAAUAAGAUACUGUUAUCGAAGUGUUGAUCAAGUCCUGGAGGAUGGAAAACUGCGACCGAAUAUCAAAUCCUCAGGGGCUGCUGGAGGUGAAUUGAGCAGAGUCAAGGUCAUAGACAUGACAGGACCAGAGCAGAGGAUUCUCAGUGGUUACCACGCAAUUUCUGGACAGAAACGACCAGAUGAGUCUCUUCCAGAGCCUGACAAACGAUCCCCAGUGAACUUUUCGCUUCCAGAGCUCCAGCACAAUCUGAAUCUCCUUGUGGACAUGUGUGAACAAGACAUCAUUCAAAACGACAGGAGGACUCGCCACCUUGGAGAUCGAGUUGUGGCCCUCGAGGCCGAGAAGAAGAGCAUUUCGAAGAUCGUAACUCAUCAUGAGAAGCUCAUUGACACCCUGGAGAAUGUACUCUCGAUUGUUGAUAAGCUCAUGGACAAGAAUGAGGAAUUGUCGUUGAAGGAGACAGCAGAGGCUUUCAAGCGACUUCAGGACAGGUACUAUGAGGAGUACAAGAUGUACGACUUGGGGGAACUGGCGAGCAGCUUCGUGGGGCCCAAGGUCAAGGAGUAUCUGGCGACCUGGAGCCCCUUGGUGGAUCCUAAGCUGCCGGUGAGCUUGAUGAAGGAGUGGAAGGAUAUCCUGGAGACUGGGACGAGUACUCUGCAAGUUAAGGAUGGAAUGCAUCCUUAUGAUCAGCUUAUUUGGAAUGCCUGGAUGCCGUCGAUGAGGGGAGCUGUGCAGCAGUGGGCCUGCAGACAAUCCGAUCCCUUGAUAGAACUCAUCGAGUGCUGGAUGCCCCUUCUGCCCUCCUGGAUCCUCGAAAAUAUUUUGGAUCUUCUCGUUCUUCCUAAACUGACGCUAGAAGUUGAGGAAUGGAACCCAUUGACUGACACCGUUCCAAUCCACACGUGGAUUCACCCCUGGUUACCCCUGAUGGGCAACAGAAUGGACACCCUCAUAUACCCCAUAAUCAGACGAAAAUUAGGCUCUGCUUUGGGAGGUUGGCACCCCUCCGACAGGUCCGCCAGGCUCAUGCUCCAACCCUGGGCCGAGGUAUUCUCAAAAGGGGACAUGGAGGCCUUCCUGGUCAAGAAUAUUGUGCCCAAACUGCAGGUUGCACUCUCGGAAUUUGUUAUCAAUCCUCAUCAGCAACAUUUGGACCAUUGGAACUGGGUUUACGAGUGGGCGACACUCUUACCUCCUCACAUUAUGGUGGGACUCCUCGAUAAGUUCUUCUUCCCCAAGUGGCUGCAGGUGUUGGCCUUGUGGCUCAAUCAUUCGCCGAAUUACGAUCAGAUUACACAUUGGUAUAUGGGAUGGAAAAACAUGCUGAGUGAGAAGCUGUUGGCGGAGCCUGUUGUCAAAGAUCACUUCAAAAAGGCGUUAGAUAUGAUGAAUCGUGCGGUAUCUACUCCCCAGGGUCACCAACCCGGUGCCAUGGAGCAGGUAUCCUAUCUGACGAGUUUAGAACGUACACAACCAACGAUGACACAAAUUCCAGCAACAGCGCAGCCAAGAAUCGAGAGGCUUGCGGAAGCUGUAAGAACGGCGUCGCAGAUACCGCAGGGAUUCAAGGACCUGGUGCAGAAAAAAUGCGAAGAGCGGGGUAUACUCUUCAUGCCAAUUCUAAAUAGAUAUAGGGAGGCUAAACAAGUGUACAAAGUUGGUAACGUACAGGCGUACAUCGAUGGAAAUGUCUUAUUUGUGUGUCAUAAGGGAACCAACUGGGUUCCCACUCAUCUCAAUGCACUUUUAGACAUGUCAGAGCUUUAAUUAUUGAUCUAAUGCAUUCGGUGAACCCCUGGAAUGAAACCUGAGCAAUUUGUAAAUAGAAAAAAAUAUAAUUUAAUACUGCA